AUGAGUCAAUUUGCACAUGUUGGAACAAAUCGUACAACAAUAAGUAACAUACCCAAAGCAAUAACUACAAACACGUUUCCAAAUAUUCCUAAUAGUUUUUCAAAUUCUCAUAAACGUAAGACUCCCAAUUUAACUGAAAUAAUUAUACCCAAAGGAGAAUCAUUCACUGAAAAUAAAGUAUCAACCCCAACUACAUCAACAGGAGUCGGAACAUCAGCACCUCCACCUACAAGUAUAACACCAGGACACAUGUCAUAUUCUGCAACGCUACCAGAUACUAGAAGAGUUUGGGUCAAGAGACUCAAUGGAACCCCUACUACUGUAAUAACCCAUUCCACUGAUUUGAUUGAUGAUUUGAAAUUAUUAAUUAUUGAAAAAUAUCCCAAUUCAAUUGGAAGAUAUUUCGACGUGGCUGAUAUAUCAAUUAGAAUAGAAAUAUCAAAUGUAAUGAUGAUGGCAUCACCAGUUUCAACUACUCCAAACAAGAAGAAUUAUACUUCACAUCAUCGUCGUCAAGAAUCUAUGCAACAGUUUGUUACUCUUGAACCGGAUCAAUCGGUUUGGACUACAUUGGAUCAAUAUUUCCCCAUGGGAAUGAAUAUGGCAGAUGCUUUGAUUGUGGAAACACCAAAUUCACCAUUUGAAAAUCAGGAGAUACGAUAUUCUGAUUCACAAUAUACAACUUCUAAUGAAAUACCGCCCCAGAAUCAAAUAAACCCACAAAGAACUUCUUCUCGUCACGGAAGCUUGGUUGGAGGACCACAGAUUCAAGUACAAAAAUCACAAAGCCGAAACCCAAGCCUAAGUCAACCCCAACCCAUUGCUGCAUCACCAUCAUUAGUGACGAAAUCAUUUUAUAACCAACAACUACAACAGCAACAGCAGCAGCAACAGAACUUCCCCCAACUACAGCAGCAUCAACCACAAGCUAGACAUUAUAUCUCUACUAAAUCAAGCUAUCCAGGUAACACCCUAAAAGACCGGUCGGUGUCUCCUAUAUUUACAAACUUAGGAACAUCUUCGAAAAAGGAAUCACCUGGUGCAUAUCAUAGAAGGUCUCAAUCGAGCCCUGUCCUGAGUCCAAAUUCACAAUUUGCAAAUGCUAAUCCCCAAGCGGUAUUAUUAUUACCUAAGAAUUUCUCAUUAACUGGUGGAACUAGUUUAACUGCGAAAAAGAGACAUUCACUUGAUGGUUCAAGUUUUGAUAAUAGUCCAACUAGUGAUAGUUUUGGUGAUUUGUCGGGUCUGAAUGAAAAGAAGUCCGAGAGGGAACAUCAGGAUAAAACGAAAGAUAAGCUGGGUGAAAAUGAAGAUAAGAAACAAGAAGAAGGAUCUAAGACUAAUGGUGGGGAGAAGAUAAAUAAAGAAAAGGAAACGAAAGUAAUCCCAACCAAAUCACCAACACCAUCUCGAGCAAAUAGUCAAGAUAAGGUAAAGACACUUAAGAAAUCAUCCAAGUCUGAAGGAGAGAAAAGAUUAGCUCUUCAACAACAAACAUCUGGACCCAAUAAGAUGGGGACAUCUCCAACUGAUAAAGUCUUACCUUCAAUUUCAGUAUUAGUUGUAGAAGAUAAUGCCAUUAAUCAAGCAAUUUUAGGGGCAUUUUUAAGAAAACGAAAGAUUCAUUAUGAAAUUGCCAAGAAUGGACAAGAAGCAAUAGAUAAAUGGAGACAAGGUGGAUUCCAUUUGGUAUUAAUGGAUAUUCAAUUACCAGUUAAAUCAGGAAUUGAAGUUACAAAAGAAAUUAGAUAUCUUGAGAAAUUAAAUAAAAUUGGAGUAUUUGAUGAAUAUGAAAAUGAAUUUAAAAAUGAUAAGAAAAUUGAAUUAAAACCACAAGAGAAAUUAGAUUUGUCAAUAUUUAGAUCUCCUGUUAUUAUUGUGGCAUUAACUGCAAGUUCUAAUUCGAAUGAUCGUAAGAAUGCUUUAACUGCUGGAUGUAAUGAUUAUUUAACUAAACCAGUUAAUUUAGUUUGGUUACAAAAUAAGAUAACUGAAUGGGGAUGUAUGCAAGCAUUAAUUGACUUUGAUGGUUGGAAGAAUAAGAGUUCAAGAUUACUCAUCAAGAAUAUUGUUAAUACUAAUAAGAAGUAG